GGGAGUCGGGAGGGGGCGCAGGGGGAGGAGCCGCGGACCUGCGACAGGGGCGAGGGGCGGAGCCGCGCGGGCACCGCGGCGGGCGCUCUGGGCGGCUGCGGCGGCGGCGGCGGCGCUCGGGCCCCAGAUCCAGCUCCCACCUCUCAUUACCUGGCGUCUGGGGGACGGGUCCAAGCCACUUGCUUGUCCGCCCCCCAACCCCCAUGGGCGGCCGACCGCCGCCACCUGGGCUGCCAUCCAGGACGAGGCGGGGAUAAGCGCAGGAGGUGGCCACCAUGUCAGGGGACUAUGAGGAUGACCUCUGCCGGCGGGCCCUCAUCCUGGUCUCGGAGCUCUGCGCGCGGGUCCGUGACGCGGAUACGGGUGACAGGUGCCAGGAGUUCGAGAACCUGCGAAUCCGUGGCUAUCCCCGGGGCCCAGACGCAGACAUCUCCGUGAGUCUGCUGUCGGUGAUCGUCACCUUCUGCGGCAUUGUCCUGCUGGGAGUCUCCCUCUUCGUGUCCUGGAAGCUGUGCUGGGUGCCGUGGCGGGACAAAGGCGGCUCGGCUGUGGGCCUUCGCAAGGACCUGGCGCCGGGGGUGGGGCUGGCAGGUCUGGUCGGUGGCAGUGGACACCACUUGGGGGCCGGCCUGGGCGGCCAUCCGCUGCUGGGUCCCCACCACCAUGCACACACUGCCCACCACCCGCCCUUCGCAGAGCUGCUGGAGCCUGGCGGCCUCGGGGGCGCCGAUCCCCCGGAGCCCUCCUAUUUGGACAUGGACACAUACCCAGAGGCCGCAGCGGCUGCAGCCGUGGUCGGGGUCAAGCCCAGCCAGACCUCCCCGGAGCUGCCCUCUGAGGCCACAGGAGGGUCCGGGCUGCUCCUGCUGCCCCCUAGCGGUGGUGGCUUGCCCAGCGCCCAGUCCCAUCAGCAGGUCACCAGCCUGGCACCCAGCAGCAGGUACUCAGGCCUGCCGCGGCCCCUCACCCAGCAGACCCUCACCUCCCAGCCCGACUCAGGCCCGGAGGAGCGCCCGCCUGCCCUGCCAGUACCCGUGGCCGUGGGCGGGGAGGAGAAAGCCAAACUGAUUGGACAGAUCCAGCCAGAGCUAUACCAGGGCACGGGCCGGCGCCCUGGGGAGGCAGGCACGGGGGCACCCUGUGGCCGCAUCAGCUUCGCUCUGCGCUACCUGUACGGCUCGGACCAGCUGGUGGUCCGGAUUCUGCAGGCCCUGGACCUCCCGGCCAAGGACUCCAACGGCUUCUCCGACCCCUACGUCAAGAUCUACCUGCUGCCUGACCGCAAGAAGAAGUUCCAGACCAAGGUGCACAGGAAGACUCUGAACCCCGUGUUCAAUGAGACCUUUCAGUUCCCGGUGCCCCUGGCCGAGUUGGCACAGCGUAAGCUGCACUUCAGUGUCUACGACUUUGACCGUUUCUCCCGGCACGACCUCAUCGGCCAGGUGGUCCUGGACAACCUCCUGGAGCUGGCCGAGCAGCCCCCCGACCGCCCACUGUGGAGAGACAUUAUGGAGGGAGGCUCGGAAAAGGCAGACCUUGGGGAGCUCAACUUCUCGCUCUGCUACCUGCCUACUGCCGGGCGCCUGACUGUGACCAUCAUUAAGGCGUCUAAUCUCAAAGCGAUGGACCUCACGGGCUUCUCAGACCCCUACGUGAAAGCCUCUCUGAUCAGCGAGGGGCGGCGUCUGAAGAAGCGGAAAACCUCCAUCAAGAAGAACACGCUGAACCCCACGUACAACGAGGCACUGGUGUUCGACGUGGCCCCUGAAAGCGUAGAGAACGUGGGGCUCAGCAUCGCAGUGGUAGACUACGAUUGCAUUGGACAUAAUGAGGUGAUUGGUGUGUGCCGUGUGGGCCCGGAAGCUGCCGACCCCCACGGCCGCGAGCACUGGGCCGAGAUGCUGGCCAAUCCUCGUAAGCCCGUGGAGCACUGGCAUCAGCUGGUAGAGGAAAAGACUUUGAGCAGCUUCACCAAAGGAAGCAAAGGAUUGUCAGAGAAAGAGAACUCUGAGUGAGGGUCUGGCCCAGGCUGGGAUUCAGCCGGCCCCCGGGACCUCGGCCUUCCUGCGCGGACAGUGAAUUCAUCUUGAAGCCAUAGUGUCCGUGCCAUGUGGUGCGGGCCACGCUGGGCCUGCGUCCCUCUGCCCUGGCGGCGGGAGGGUG